AUGCCGUCCUCUACCGACGCCAGUACGAACUCGAUGUUUGAAGAUGAGCACGAGAAUGAAGGCGCACUAGUAGAAGAGCACGAAGGCCGCUCUACUCAUUCCGACGUUGAUAUGGAAGAGUCGACAACGUCCUUUUUGAGUCGCCGCUCCAAGAAAUCCUCGCAAGAGAACACGAGCGAAUCUAGCACUCUCGUCAAGCAAGAGACGAUUCUAGUGCAGCGCACCAAGAUGCUAGUCAUCCUCAUCUUGUGCUUGGCCGCUUGCGCUGUUGGUGUUGCCACUUACCUCUUCACCACGGCUAGUGAGCAGUGUGAUUUCGAGUCAAAGUUCCACGACUUUUCGGUCGAGAUUGCCGACCUGGUCCACCACGAAGCCAGGAAUGUGCAGCUCACCGUACACGCCUUUGCUACCACGGUCACUUCCUACGCCAUUUCCACCCGAGCCACCUGGCCGUUUGUCAGUGUUCCCCACUUUGAAGUACGAGGCUUGGAGAUGAACAACCUGUCCAACUCGUUGCUCAUGGGAUUCUCGCCCUAUGUCACGGAAGACGUGCGCUUCCGAUGGGAACUCUACGCAAACUACAUGCAAACUUGGGUCCAAGAAGGCGUCGACUUUAACCUCGACCUGCACAAGGACUAUCUAAACGAAAACGGAACCGUUGUUGUUCCUCCCAUCUUUCCUCAGAUCUACAAGCACGGUGUCACUAAUACAACACGAGUUCCUGUCGACGCUGGAGUUCCAACAGUGCCGCCCAACAAGACAUAUCUUCCCGUGUGGCAAAUGGCACCGGCACCACACGAUCCCACCGUCAUUCACUAUGACCUCCUCGAGAAUGAAGUCUUUGAACGUGUCGAGCACGGAAUGCACGGCAUUAACCAGGCCGUAUUGUCUGAAGCCACCGACUUGGAAUGGCUCUACGGUGGCUCCAUUCGAGACGAUCCCACUCAUCCACACAGUUUCCUACUCCAACCCGUCUAUGAGGGAUUCGAAAACCUUACCGAGUCGGCCAUGCUAGGUGUCAUUGUGGCCGUCAUUGGAUGGGACCACAUGUUUCGAAACCUAUUGCCGCCAGAAGCUCAUGGCAUUAUUGUGGUCAUGAAGGAUACCUGCGGGGACAUGUUCAGUUAUCAGAUCGAUGGCGCCGAUGCCAUCUUUUUGGGUCAUGGAGACCACCACGAAACAAAGUACUCGCAUCUAGAAGAAUCCACUCCGUUUGAUGCCCUCCACAAACUAGAAGUCUCCGAAACGCACGAACACUGCGAAUACGACCUCCAUAUCUUCCCCUCCCAAGAACUCGAAGACGAUUAUCGAACCAGCAAGCCCAUCAUUUACACCAUUGUGGUCAUGUCCGUCUUUUUUACCACCGUCCUCGUGUUUGUGCUCUACGAUUGGCUCGUCAAGCUGCGACAAGAAAAGGUCAUGCUGGCUGCCAAAAAGAGCAAUGCCGUCGUGGCAUCCCUCUUUCCCAAGAAUGUACGAGAUCGCAUCAUGGCCGAUGUCGAAGAACAGAUUGCGGCGGGAGAAAAACCCGGCAAGAAGAAUCCGCUCAUGUUUGGUGCCGUCGCCAAGCAUGAACUCAAGCACUUUUUGGAUGACGGAAUUGCCAAUGCCGAUGGUGUCCCCUUUGAUACCAAGCCCAUUGCUGAUUUGUUUCCCAACACGACCAUUAUGUUUGCCGAUAUCGUGGGGUUCACGGCGUGGUCGUCGGUCCGCGAACCUUCCCAGGUGUUUUCCUUGUUGGAGACUCUCUAUCAUGCCUUUGACGAGAUUGCAAAGCGCAGAAGGGUGUUCAAAGUUGAAACGAUUGGAGAUUGUUAUGUCGCCGUCGCCGGGCUUCCAGAGCCGAGAAAGGAUCAUGCUACUGUCAUGGCUAGAUUCGCGAGGGAUUGUUUGAAUGCGAUCAACGACCUCACCAAGAGGCUUGAGAUAACCUUGGGACCAGACACAGGUGAUUUAUCGAUGCGUGUGGGUCUCCACAGUGGGCCCGUUACGGCGGGGGUCCUUCGUGGAGACAAGAGUCGCUUCCAGUUGUUUGGAGAUACAGUCAACACGGCAGCAAGGAUGGAAUCAAAUGGUACGAGAAACCGCAUUCACAUUUCUUCCGAGACUGCGGAACUCCUCAAGGCUGGAGGCAAAUUUCACUGGUUGGUGAAGCGCACCGACAAGAUUGUUGCCAAGGGCAAGGGCGAGAUGGAGACGUACUGGUUAGAAAUGAAACAGCAGUCAUCCGGGUCCGCUCACAGUGGAAGAAGCGGUCGCAGUUCAUCCUCAACUCAGAGCGGUAAUACCGACGUGGGCGCUAGAGUUGCUUCCGUGGGUCAAAAGGCCGUCGCAGCGCAACCCAUCGAAAUUGAUGAUCCUGUGAUCCCAGCCAAGAUCAAGCGUCUCGUCAAGUGGAACGCUGAUGUUCUGUUGAGGAUUCUGAAACAGGUUGUGGCCCGACGUGAGGCUUUGGAACAGCUCAAGUUGGAUGACAGUGAUCCCACAGCCAGCUCCGAGAUGAUGAACAGAAGUAUGAAUAGAAGCUCUGCGGAUGUCAUGAAUAGAAGUUCUGCGGAUGCCUUGCGCUCAUCUGUCCGUGGUGAAACAGUGAUUGAUGAAGUGGUUGAAAUCCUUGAAUUGCCCAAGUUCAACGCCAAGGCGGCCAAGAUUCAGAAAGACCCCAAGCAACUCGAACUGGAUCCUAAGGUUGUGCAACAGCUUCAUGACUACAUCACUGUCAUUGCAAGCAUGUACCGCGUGGAUGUUCCGUUCCACAACUUUGAGCAUGCUUCGCACGUCACGAUGAGCGUCGUCAAGCUUCUCAGUAGGAUUGUUGCACCUGAUGACGUCCUUGAAAACGAAAAGGAAGCGCACGAGAUUCACUCGGAGCUUCAUGACCAUACUUACGGAAUCACAAGCGAUCCUCUUACCCAGUUUGCAGUGGUUCUUUCUGCGCUUAUCCAUGAUGUCGACCACACUGGUGCUCCCAAUUCACAGCUCAUCAAGGAAGGGGCAAGUAUUGCUUCCAUCUACAAGGGCAAGAGCGUAGCAGAGCAGAACUCGUUAGAUCUCGCGUGGAGUUUGCUGAUGGACGACAGCUUCGUCGACCUCCGAAACGCCAUCUACAAGACCGACAGUGAACUCCAACGCUUUCGUCAGCUCCUUGUCAACAUUGUGCUUGCCACUGACAUUGUGGAUAAAGAUCUCAAAUCACUCCGGAAUCGUCGCUGGGAAAAGGCCUUCCAGGAAGGCGGACCCAAUCUUAUCGAUCUCUCCAGCCAAGAUGCCACCAACAGGAAAGCCACCAUUAUCCUGGAGCACCUUAUUCAAGCUUCCGACAUCGCUCAUACAAUGCAACAUUGGCACAUUUAUCGCAAAUGGAAUGAACUCUUCUUCAAAGAGAACCUCCUUGCCUACCGCGCUGGUCGUGCCUCUUCUGAUCCUUGCGAGUAUUGGUACAAGGGAGAGAUUGGAUUUUUUGAUUUCUAUAUCAUCCCUCUUGCUAAGAAGUUGAAGGAAUGUGGUGUCUUUGGUGUCUCCUGUGAUGAAUAUCUCAACUAUGCGCUCACCAACAGAAAGGAAUGGGCAGAUCGCGGGGAAGAGGCUGUAGCUGAGAUGAAGGAGAAGUACGCAGAUCUGAUGCCUGAAGAAGAAAAGGAUAUUCAUCGCAUCGAAGAGGAGUAG